UAAAUAAGGUUAUUCUAAACUUUUACAGGCAGGACACCAUCUAUCAGCAAUAGAAAUGAAGUUGUGUCAAGUCUUUCAAAGAUCUGCUGUUGGAAGUAUGAGCAACAUUUACAGCAGUGGAAUAUUUAAUGUAUGCUGAGGUGUGGAAAAACUUCCCCAGCUCGAGCUGCCGCCAUGUUGUGAGUCAGCAGGAAAGGCCUCCCUCUAUCCCCUGCCACUCUGACACUUCUGCCACCACCAUCCCAGCCUCCGUGAAUAGCGUUCAGUUCCAUUCUGCCGUACCAGUCUGAGAGGAGCAUUAUAUCAGGAAAAUGAUGAAAGCUUGUGGGGGAAAUCCAGUAACACUGCUGAUACUGGCAAGACCCAGAAAACUCUACUACAUUUUUUCCAACAACAGGCUCAGACUUGCUCCCCCAUUGAUAAGGUCAUUUGCCCUGGGUGUAACCUUCAAGUACCAAAGAGCAAGCUUAAUUGGCAUCUUGAUCACGAUUGUAAAAGCAAGAACUGUCAAAAGAAAGUAGGUGGUAAGGAAAAGUCUCGCAAGAAUAAGAAACUCUCAAAGAUUGAUAAAGAAAAGAAAAAGGUGAAAGCAAGAAGACAAGCUGUUCUGUCUGACAGUGAAGAUGAUUCAGAUGAUCUGUGUGCUUUGUAUUGUAAGAAAAAUGAAAGCCCUAAUGAGAGUGACUAUUCUGAUGCUUGUUACAUAUCUCCAGAUAUGGUGGAGACACAACUCAUUGAAUUAGAAAGUGGAAGCGAACUUGUGCUGGCCCUACAGCCAGACAGCUUACGCAAAACCUCUUCACCUUAUUUCUCUCCUAAUUUGAAACAUAAACAAUAUUCCUCAAGAAAGAGGCAGGAGAAAGUGAUCUGCUAUGAAGUGCCACAGCUUCAGAAGAAUGGAAUAGCUUUGCUAGAGGCAGACUGGAGUUCUCCUCAAGUAACGCCAGAAAAAGCCAACGAGGCUGAUAUUAUCGACAUGCCACAAUUGGCAUCUCGGCCACUCUCGUUUUCACCUCAGACCAAGUCAGGCACAGUAAAGGCAAUGAUGGAAGCAGACUGGCAGUCGCCCUCUCCUGUGACUACACCUAAGAAAAACGAUGACUUAAUUGAAAACCAGAAUAAAACUAAUAAAAUAUGUCUUGACAGUACAGUGAGGACAGACUCGGAAAGUGAAGAUGAUUUUCAAACAUCGUUUGUAAUAGGGACACCAAAAAACUUAAAGCUAAGAAACAAGUCAAGUUUUACACCAACACUUACAAAACAAAAGAAGAAAUGCCUUGUCUUCUCUCCAGAUUCAAACUGUAAAAAUUUUGUAGAAAAGACCACUCCAAAUAAAAUCAAAACUGUUCCAUGUGAGUUAGAUGAGAAAAACCCAAAUGAAACCAAAAAUAAAUUUGAAAACAGUACUCUGUCAUUAACACACACUGGGUCUACUACUGAGAGAGAGUCAUUAUCACUAUCACCUGGAACCUUUGUAAAUAUGAAGGUACACAUAACAGAACUGAAGGAUACAUCUGUAGGCCCUCAUAUAGGCAAAUUAGAGGAAGAGAAAUCUGCUCCUUGUAAAUUUCAAUCUGAAGAAUGGAAUAAUGAUAGUAGCAGUUCAGGAAGUGAUGAAAGUGUGAUGUUGUUCAGUCGUGCAGGAAGCCCAGCGCUUGUUACCCCAACAAGGUCUCCAAGCCCACUGCUAAUUGAUGCUCAUGUUGAAGAGGGUAUAAGCCAUGUCAGGAAUCUUUUUAAUGAUACAAGUCCAUGUGAUACAAAUGUAGAUCCUUCAGUUAACACAAACAUGCACUUAAAUGUGAAUAAAGUUAAGAGUAGCCAAGAUGUAUUUGAUUCAUUAUCUCAACCUUCUUUGCAAAGAAAUAAAAAUUUUCAUAGAAGUCCAUGGAAAAUUAAACAAGGCUUAAGAAGCACAGGGUUGUUACAAAAUUCAUCCCAGAAAUUGUCAGUGACAAAUUGUAGAGAGAAGAAACCAACUCCAUCUCCCUCUGGCUCAGCCUCCAACUCACCAGCAAAAUUAACUCCAUUAAAGAAUACAGACGAAGAGGAUCAGCUGAAGAAUGAUCCUACAAGAUAUAGACAUCAACGAGGAUAUUAUUUAGAGAACUUUCUUAGAAUUUUGGAUACAGUUCUGUCACAGCCCCAAGAUGUCAAACUUUUAAAUGAUGAUGAUCUAGAUGUCAUAAAAACUUUCCAAGGUCUAACAUUGCAAGCUCAAAAGCUGUAUGUUCGAUUAUUCCAGAGAAAGAUCAAAUGGAACAGAAUUAGCAAGGUUGAAUACCGAGAGAUCUGUGAGAAGGAAGACACUCAGCUCUACAUUAAUGAACUCUCCUAUGCUAAUUUUUUACAUCAAGAAAAUGAGAUGGCAGAUUUAGAAGAAGUUCUUCAGCUUCUGUCCACUGGGGAACUGCAUGAACUCUGUAAACAGAUGAAGCUCAGGACUGCUGGGAAGAAAGAGGACCUGGUUGCCACUCUGUCCAAGUUUGCUAAACAACAGCCAACCAUUAUUUCUGCAUUUUCCAAAGGUUCUAAAGGCAACUCAUUACUUAUGAAGAGAGCCCAGGCGUGUCUAGGACAUUGUUGCUUAGUGAAUAAAAGUGUGCGGCAGGUGUUUAUGAGAGUGUUGAUGUUGUAUGGCCUGCCUCGCUAUGACGAUGACGAGGAAGGUGGCCAGCAGUCUCAACUGACAACGCUGCUCAUGGUCAACAUGGGCAGGAUGAGGUUCCCUAGUUAUGACAUCAUCAGGGACCAUGCCAUCUUCCAGACUAGAGAUGAUCUCAUUCGAUUUGAAAAUUGUUCCCAAAUUCAGGGAGACGUUGAGGAAUGUAUGGAAAAGCAUAGGUGGGAGGCGGCUCUGGAGCACUGUGACCUGGCCAGGACCAUAUACCACAACCUUAUUAAUGAUAUCCACCUUAUGGAGCAUGAUGCUUCGCUACCCAGGUUCUUGCGGCGCUUCACCUCAGUGUCGCUCCUGGUAUACGUCUUGACAUGCUCAGUGGAGUGUUACCAGAAACUGAAGAAUUACCACAAGGCUGUGGAGCAGCUGCAAGAACUGUUAGCUCAAACAACACACCUGCAAGACUACCGUGGUCGCUGGUAUGACAGACUGGCCCUCAACCUGGAGAUGCACUUGAAGAAACCAGCACAGGCUGUUGAAGUAAUUAGCAAAGCCUUGAGAGAUCCUGAGGUGAGGAAAGGUCACCGUCUCUCACUGAGCAUAAGAGCUGAGCGCAUGGCAGCAUCUGCACGAUACAAGAGCUUCAUUCCUGCCAUAACAGAGAUGCCUCUCAUGAAGCCUGUAGAAGCCCCCAAAGUUGUUAUAGAGGGUCGUAGUCUUCCUGCAGAUAUUCCUGGAUAUAAAAGAUCGUUCAUCCGUCAAGAUUCUGAUCGUCAUGCUGGGGACGGUGAAGUGACGGUGUGCUCGGUGGAGGAACUGGCUCUUGGACAUUACAAGCAACUGGGGUACUCUGAAGGUCUACACCGGGAAGGAGCCACCGUCAACACACUCUUUGGCAUAUACUUCUGGGAUGCCCUCUACGCUCCAGUGUGUGAUGUGUUCAGAUCCCCACACCAAGCAGCACCACUAGAUCUCGAUGAUGCAAAUUUUUAUGAGGCCAGAAGGCAGCAAAUUGAUCACAGACUUAGUGAACUCUGCAGCUGGUGUGAAGAAGAAGCAGAAGUUGAGCUGGAGAGAAUUUGGAAUCAUCAUGCAGGAGAGGUGUCCCUCGUAGCCUGGGAUCUUUUCCGAAAUGUUGAACAUGCUAAGGGCUUGGUAAAUAGUCUGGGUUUGCGUGUUAUUGCUGCUAUAUGUGAACGUCUGGCCAAAGAUCACAGGUUUACACGAAGUGGAUUUCCCGAUCUGAUUGUGUGGAAUCCUUCCACCAAGAUGUCCCGUAUUGUUGAAGUCAAGGGCCCCAAUGAUCGCUUGUCCACCAAACAGAUUCUCUGGCUUGAUUAUCUUCUUGCAAGUGAAGCAGUUGCAGAAGUGUGCCAUGUAGAAGCUAUUGGAGCAAAGAAAAUUAAAUUGGCUUCUCCUCGCAAGAUAUCACCUAAGAAAACAUCUAAAAAAUCCCCCAAAAAUAAUGAGGUAAGUGACUUAGAAAAUGCAGUGGAAGGAACGCAGAAACAGAAGAAAAAAAAAGAUGAAGGCAGUGUUUGUGUGAAAAACGGUGAAGUUUCUGAUGAAAAGAAUAUUACUAAUAGCAGUGCAUCUGUGAAUGAGAACCAUAAUGUUUCUGAAGAAAAGAAUGUUAAUGAAGAUGAUAGGCCAUUAAGAAGUAAAAGUAAAAGAAGGAACAGUGAUGAUUUUGAAGAGCCUAGGAAGAAAUUUAAAAAGAACACAGUAAUUAAAGGAACUGGUGUCGUAAAAAAUAAAAAAAAAAUCGAGGGGAAAAAAAAAUCAGACUAGAUUCAUGUAAAGAAUAAAAAAAUGAAAAGCCACUAUAGAUAAUUGCACUAAAUUAAAAGUGAUUUCAGCUUCUCACCAGAAGUUAAUGUGUAUGAA